AUGGCUGAGGUGGUCAACGUGGUCGUCGCGCUAGUAGUGAUCGUCUUCGUUGUACGAUGGGCCACACAGAGCGGAGAAGAUACGCCAGAACAGGCGGCGGCUCGGUCGCUCAAAUUCAAGCCAAAACGCGUUACGCCAGAAAUGAUUGACAAUGUCACAACCAUGUUCCCGGAUAUACCGCGGGCGAAUGUACAUUAUGAUCUACUGCGGACAGGAUCGGCAGAGCAGACCGCCACCAAGAUACUUGAACGUGGUUUCCUGGAAGCACCUCCACCCGCAUACUUCACUUUAUAUCCAUCCACCAACGCACCAGCACAACCCGCUCGCCCCGCCGCACGUCCAGGAAUCGCAACGACGAGCAGUGCUAAGGCACGCGAAACUCUCAUCCAGCGGUACGGUCUGCAGGACAAGCUAGACACCGCUGUAUCCGCCACUAUUGAUGCGGGAGGGAAGGCUGCGUGGGAGGAUACCGCAGAAAAGCGGGAAGCCAGCUUACGACAGAGAAAGCAGCAAAUGAUCCUGGCUGCACGGCAGCGCAUGCUGGAGCAGAAGCAGAAGGCGGAGAGCGAGAGGUCGGCUUGA